AAAACCCCACGCUAUGAUCAAAUAAUGCCCAGAUACCCCAGCUUCUUAUAAACCGCCUCAACCCGACCUGUUCGUCUCUUCGAACCGAACCACCACAGUCCAUGGCCCCCCAAAGCGGCCCCGAGCCCUCGAAUCCGCCGAACAGCGCUCUCCCCACCAUGUUUCGGCCACCCGUGAAUCGUGCGAUGCGAGCGCUGGACCGAUCGUUUUUCAAGAAGACACUACCACUCUCGGCGGCCACGGUGUUCAAGAAUUCGGAUAUCUCGAAGGUGCGCGGCGCGCUGUACAAGAGCCAGGAGCUGCUGGACGCGCCGAGAUUGAAUAUUAUUCGCGAGGUGAAAGUUGAUGACGCCGUGAAGAAGUGCUUGCUGUUGAAGGAUGGGGUGAAGCAUGAUGAUGCUGCAACCUGGUCGCCGACGCUCAGUGAGCUCGUGGAGAAGGGGACGGUUGCUAUGCGAGGUUAUGAUUUGAACUUGGAUUAUGAUUAUUGGACAUAUGCCGAUAUUAUAGCUGCUAUAUUACCGGAGGACAUGCUGCAGGAAUUCCCGCAGGGAUUUACGCAAGUUGGCCAUGUUUCGCACCUUAACCUCCGAGAACAAUAUCUUCCUUAUAAAACCAUUAUUGCCCAGGUUAUUUUGGAUAAAAACGUGAACAUCAAGACGGUGAUUAGAAAGACGGAAGACGUGGGCGCACAAAGCCAGUUCCGCACUUUCCCCUUCGAGGUGCUGGCGGGCGAGAACAACAUGAAUGUUGUUCAGAACGAGCAGGAUUGCGAGUUUCAUUUCGACUACUCGCGAGUGUACUGGAACAGUCGUCUGGAGACCGAGCACCGUCGACUGGUGCAGAAGUUCCGUCCCGGCGAAAUGGUCUGCGAUGUCAUGGCCGGCGUUGGCCCCUUCGCGGUCCCUGCUGGCAAGAAAAAGAUCUUUGUCUGGGCCAAUGACCUCAACCCGCACGGAUAUGAAGUGAUGCAGGAUGCAGUGAAGAGGAACCGCGUGGAACAAUUUGUGACUCCGUUCAACCAGGACGGCAGGGACUUCAUCCGCUGGUCUGCCAAGGAGCUUUUGGAAAGAGGACCCCUGGAAGUGGCCCUGCCACACAAGCGCAGAGAGAAGAGGGGUGCCAGGAAGGAGGAACAACCCGCUAUGCCUCCUCCGGAAGUCAUGACCCGUCCAACGGUCUUUGAUCACUACGUGAUGAAUCUACCUGCCAUUGCUCUGGAAUUCCUCGAUGCGUUCCCCGGGGUCUACGCCGGAAAGGAGUCGCUGUUUGCGCCCCACACAUCGCAGGCUCUUCCCAUGGUCCACGUUUACUGUUUCUCCGGCCAUUCGGAAGAUGAGUCGGAUGACCAUGCCGACAUCUGCAAGCGCAUUACUGAACGCAUUGGGUUCCCUGUCAAUUUGGAGGACCGAGUAGGAGGUAGCGGGAACCAGGAGCUGGAGCUCUCUAUUCACAACGUGAGACUGGUCAGCCCCAACAAACAGAUGUUUUGCGCCAGCUUCCGUCUGCCCAAGGAGGUUGCAUUCCGAACGGUAUAGAUCGCAAGGCCUUGUUGUACAGGACGGUUGCAUAGCAUGAGGCGUUUAGGUCAUGAUAUACUAUGAAAAUUCUGGAUAGAAAAAUCGUUUAUUUUUGAAUUGAUACCCU